UGUAAUUGCUUACCCGCGGACUGUCGCUUACCGGCAGUGCGCCUUGAUUCUCCCUUGCUCACCAUGCCCCACGCACAGUAUCUAGGUAUGCCUCUGGCCUGAUCCUAUGAGGAAAUUCCGCCAACUCGAUGUGCGAUGUUUUUCGUCCUGUCUUAUCGCCCGCCCAAUUUUUUUCCCCCCCGAAACAGCUCAGAUACCGCAGGUGGAGGAUCGACUGGGUGGGUUUCAGUGUAAGCCUCAAAAAGAAAGCCAUUGGGCGAGCCCGGCUAAAUUGCCUCGGCGGGGUUUUCUGUCCCACCCCCUGCUGUUAUGCAUUGGUCAUGCAGGAUGACAUUACAAACCCGACGACUACUAGUUAGUUAGAUACUGGGUACUCCGACAAAUAAUUCAGGAAUGCAAAGAAAGCAUCAGCUGAGCUCGCUGAACUGGUU